AUGCCACACACCUCCCGCAAAAAGAAACCCACCACCAGCACCGGCCCCACCAAACGAACCACAAUCACCGACGCGACCGGCUGGACGCACGUCACGACGACAGGCAACGCCCACCGCGCGCAUCGCCAACACCGUCCACAAUCCCAACCACACCCACAGCCAGAACAACAACAAGAACUACUCACUCCCGCCGAAGCCCCCAAAUCCCUAACCCUCCCCUCCCUCCUCACGCAAUACCACGCCCACCGCACGAAAUGGACCGCCUCCACCACCGCCGCGACGCUGACCGCGACGGUGCGGCGGGAGUUUGCCCUCGAGCAUGAACAACACCAAGAACAAGAACCAGCCCGACCAGACGCAACCCGAGAAGAGCCGCAGACGCAAACAGAACCACACCUGGAACCAGAACAAACACAGAGAACAGAACAAGGAGCGCAAUCCACAACCAUCACCACCACCACCACCACCACCACCACUCCAGGAAUAACCAACAUAAUCUGCAUCGGCCUCGGCAGUCCGAGUGGCUUCCUGCGCGGGGGAUGGGUUGAUCGCCGCAGCGUCUCGCUCUACCAACUCAAUGCGUUGAUGAGUGUGGUGGAGUGUUUGACUGCAAAUCCAACAACAUCCACAGUUCAAAUCUACGCCCAAGAUCCCGUCUUCAACGCGCUCGAUCGCCAACUCCUUGCCGCCCUGGGGAUCACCGUCGUGGAGCAUCCGGACGGGUUCGGGAAGGUCAACUCAAAUUCGCUGCUGUUCUGUCCCGGGGCGGAGAAGGCGCAUCUCGAGGUGCUGCUGGCGCGGAAUCCGGCGGGGAUGGUUGGCGGGCCCUUGGAGGAUACGGGCUCCGACGGGAUCGAGCGGUUCGUGGCGCGGACCGGGUCGGUGCGGUUGCCGCGGUUUGAGGAGCUGAAGGAGGCGUUUUGGGAGAUGCGAGUCUAUUAUACCCAGCCGGUCGAGGAAGAAAUCCGCGAAGACUGA